UGCGAAAGAGGUUGCGAUUUAACCUACGACUUGUAGGAUGAUUAGUAAAAAGUGAAUGUUGUGACGAGGAUAAAUUAUUACACUUUUGUCUUGAGACAGUUUAGCUUAGGAGGAUAUCCAAGCUAUGUGACUUUGUGGUACAAGGUCAAAGUACCAUUUGGUUGAAGAUGGACAAGUUUACAGUUGAUUUAGAUAAAGUCUUGGAUGAGUUUGAAGAAAAUGAAGAUCAACAAGAUAAAUGUUCAGCUGGUGUUUGGAACUCUCAACAAUUAUAUAGAAGUUUGAGAAGUUCACAACAUGAAAAAGGUCUAGAUAAUUCAUGUAUUCUUGAUAGAAAAGGUGUUUUAAGUGUACCUUCCAGAGACCUCAAACCAGCGCAUUUUCAACAGCCAAAAAACUACUGGCGUGCGGAAUAUACAGACAAAAUUGAUCUUUCCGAAGCUGACUUUGCAUCAAACCUAAAGACGUCCACUCUAAACCCUCCUCCUUCUAUUGAUGACUCUAAAAAUCAGAAUAAUUUCAUGUCUUCAACAGACAAUGAUUUAUUAUUACAGGGUCCAUUUAUCUCUAAGGGGAACAGUUUGGCAAAUACUGUAACUAUAAGAAAUGGUUCUCAUAUCAAAUCUUCUUCACCAAUUUCCACAACAGGCCAACUUAUAAAUCCUUCCAGUUUGAGAAAUUGUUCAAGUUCAAAACCAGAACAUUUAUCGAGUGUUUCAACAGUGUUGUUAAAAUUUAAUCACUCCCAAUAUUCACGUGACAUUGAUAACAGUGAAUAUCAACCACACACGUCUAAAACAUGUGAAUCCCAUAAUGCAUCAUUAUUGCCCUCUCAUGAAGCUUCAUUAACUAACAGAAGUACGUUAAGUGCAUCUGAUAUUAAACCACAGAGUAAGUUUGAAGACCAUCCAUUUUGUAAUACUGAUUACAUAUCAAGAUUUAAUGUUUUCAAUAGUAAAGGAAAUUUUAUUAAUGGCUACAGUGGAGAAGAAGAUCAAGAUGUACUUUGUGUUUCAGUUCCAGCAGAAACUAGCAGUACAUCGGAGUUGACAUCACAAGACCAAAAAUAUGAAAUACAUUUGCUGUCAUCAAACCAAAUGUUGCAUGCUUCAUCUGAAAAUGAGAUAAAAAAUGUGAUUUCUUCCAACAGUGAAUCAAUAGACUGCGAGUCAUUUCUUCCUUGCAUGGAUACCAGAAACAAGGAUUAUGAUAAUGAGAUCAGUGAACUUGCGUAUUAUCAUGGUGUCUCCAAGUCACUAGAAAACGAUCAGUCUGUCACCAGUGAAGAAAUAAAAAAGGUUGAACAAAACUGUAAUAAUUCACAGCCUCACAAAAGUACAGAAAAUGAAAUGUUUUAUUUCGACCAGAACACAAUUCAGUGUGGCUCUUAUGAAAUGGAAUAUGAUUCCAAAGAAAGUGAGAAUCACUCCACAUCACAAGAUAGUACUCUAACUGCAGGAAUAAAGCAACCUUUGUCACAAAAUUCUGAAGAAAUAAGUUCUAAUGACCCAACAGAUACUGAACAGAAUGAAAUUGAUGUACCCUGUCAUCACAUUUUCAUCCACGAACAUCAUAUUAAAGACAUCGACGUGACCCCAUUUCAAGAGAAGUCAAGCCCUAUGAAAGUUGAAGACUCUAGUGUUAUUCCUGAUGAUGAGUUUUCAGGAGUUUCAAAAAAUCAUAGCACUGAUGAUUGUAAAUCUCAUUUGAAUGAUAAAACUAGUCAAAACAAUUAUAGUAGCUUAUCUAAAAACCAAGAGAUAAGGAAUGAUAUACACAGUCAACAAGCAGAAAGUGAGGAUUUAAGUUGCAUUAAUAGUUUUCCUUCUGAGGAAAAAAUAUCAGAAGACCUUAGUGAUGCAUGCCAUUCUUUAAAUCCUGAGUCACACGAAAAUGGUUGUAAACCUAAAAUAAAAAGAUUUGGAAGUUUAAGUGAUGAGGAUGUUUGUGAGGAAGAAAUGGAACAAUAUUUAAGUGAUGUAAUAUUGCAGGAUAGUGAAGAAACUCUUGAUGAAAAAGUUGAGGAUGACUAUGAAAAAAAACAUUUGCAAGAACUAGAUGAAUUAGAUAAUCUCUAUAUUUCUGAUAGUAACAGUAUGAUAAAAGAAGAAAAUCCAAAUUUGUUGUUGCUAAGCGACAACAUGCUUCAGGAAGAAUUAGUGGAUGACUUUUCUAAUGAAAACUUGGAUAUAAGCAACUGUUGUAUUGAAAAACCUGAUGGAAAUAAUUGCUUCCCUGAAGAGUUAACCAUGGAGAGUUAUUAUACUGAAGAGCCACUUAGUAGUGACUGGUCUAAUAAAAAAUUAAUGUCAGAAGGCUCUUGUGUUAAAGAAUCAACGUCUGACAAUUGCUUCAUUGAAGAAGAGUUGCUUAUAAAUGACAGUUCUGUUAAAGAACCGGUUUUAAGUGGAUCUUGUGUUAAAGAGUCAACUGGUAACAAAGCAGAAGAAAUUGAAAUUUUAAAAUCAGCUGGUGAUAAUUGUGAAAACAAUUCAGAGUUAAAGUUGUGUACAGAGAGUUAUGACACUGAUGUUUCUAUAAGAGAUGAAAUGAAGAACAAAGAUAAUGUUUGUGAUGUAACACCAGAGACUGAAGAAGCAUGCUUAUUUUCUUUAGAUUCCAGUUGUGGGGCCCAGUUACAGUCUGAAAUUACAACUUCUAAUGAAACAUCAGAUGCUAACACCAUUGUUGGUGAUGAAGACAACUUUACAGAAAAAGGGGUUGAAAACUUGUUGAACACUGAAGAAGAAUUGGUUACAUCACAACAAUGUGUUCAAUUUUCUGAAACUUUAGAUACAGACCUUAUAGAUACCUCAACUGACUUGAAAUCACCUUCUUCAGUUGUUACUGCUGAAUGUUGCACAUCUGUUUCUGAAUUCAAGUCAUCUUCUCAGGAAACUACUGAAACUGCCCAGCCCAGAGUUCAGCGUCCAACUUUUCUUAAUCUACCCUCUAGAGCUCACGCUGUUUCUAAGCCAGUCCUACCUCCAUCUUCAGACUCUGAUGAAACACCUUCUCCUGAACAUCAGCAAGAAACAUCAGGUACAGAUGAAAUACCUGCAGAAGUAGUUGAUGCUGCACCUCCAUCAGAUGACUCUUCAAACACUGUGGAAUUUACUAAUGAGGAACAAUCUUUACAAAACCUGUCUGCUAUGUUGAGUGAAGAAGAACAAAUGCUAGGAAAAGUAAAGCCUUUCUGGAUACCAGAUACUGAUGCUCCAAGCUGUAUGCACUGUGAAACUAGGUUUACAAUGAUCAAAAGAAGACACCACUGUAGAGCCUGUGGAAAGGUGUUGUGCGCCCACUGCUGUAAUCAGAAAGCACGUCUCGUUUGCCUUGUUAACAAAGAAGCAAGGGUGUGUCAUAACUGUCUUGCAGUCUUAAAUAAAGUUCAAGCAGUUGAGAGGCUGACUGGUAGCAGUGUUCCAGCAAGUCCCAACCCUGGAACAGGCAGCAUAGCUGUAUCUCCUCUUUAUUCUGGAUCCAAUUCUGCACCAACAUCUCCAGGUUUUCUACCUUGUGAGUCAACUGUACAGGAUGAAGAAAGAUGGCAGCCAGACCCUAACAAUCCUCAAGAAUAUUGUUCCACUGUUUCACCUCUGCAGCAAGACAAUGGAAGUGAAAACAGACCCCCUCUUACAGUAAUGGUACCAAUAGGAGUUCUUAAAAGAGCAGGAGAUAAACCUCGAGGAGAACCCAAACAGGUAAUGUUUUCUGAUGGUAUCCGUCCUGGAGGUGAUUUGACAGAUCUUGAUAAUCCACCAGAUUACCGUGCCAUACCAUUCAGACGUCAAGGUCGUGUCCAGAAGAAGGUUACUGUAAGCGAUUCUAGCUCUGAACCAUCAUCGGGUGGAAGUUCUGUACUAUCUUCUGGAAGAAGAAAGAAAGGAUCUGGUCAGGAUUUGAGACGAAGACGAAUUGUCAUAUCAGAUAGUGAUGGCCCUUUACCUCCAAUAUUUUUACCUGCAGAUGUUACCAGUGACGAUAAGCCAGACAUUAACCAUCUGUUGAAAUGGAUGCAAGAUGACAGUAUUCGUCCUAUUGUAUUUGGACUGACUAAGAAUUUGCACAUUCUUGGCAAGUUAGUCACAUUGGGAUGCUGUUAUGGAAAGGAAUGUUGGUGCUUUACAAGUCGUGGAAUGUGUUCUGUUGGCCAGGAUGAAAUAGUUGUUGUUCUUGAGAAACAGACAAAUGAGGACACGGUACCUAGAGAUAUUUUCCGUCUCUUUACUACUGUAUAUGAUAAUGCAUCAAGUGGUACCACAGUAUCUGACUUGGGGCACAUGUUGUUCCCAGAAGGAAUGCUGGGAAGUCGUGAUCACAGUGGUUUCUUGUUUGUUAGGCCUACAUUUCAAUGCUUAGGAAAACUAGUGCUUCCAACCCCUCCUUUUCUUGUGGCAGUUCUUAUCCAGAAAUGGGAAGUUCCAUGGGCAAAGGUUUUCCCUCUUCGCUUGGUUCUGAGGCUAGGAUAUGAAUAUCGUUAUUAUCCUUGUCCUCUAGUUAGUGUUCGUUUUCGCAAAUCAGUUUAUGGAGAAAUAGGCAGCACCAUAAUGAAUGUAUUAGCAGAUUUUCAAAACUAUCAGUACAUGUUAUCUACGGUUCCCGGUAUGUUUGCCCAAGUCAAGGACAAGAAAUCUUGUAUUUACAUCCCACGGAACCGCUAUGACCAGAUGAUAAAAUUACUGAACAGUAACAAUGAAAAUGUGCUAGCAAUGGCAACAAAUUUCAGCAAAGAAGCUGAUUCUCAUCUGGUGUGUGUUCAAAACAGUGAGGGAGUCUACCAAACUCAGGCUAUUAAUAUUCAAAAUGUAUCUCAUACAAGAACUGGAGUCAGUUUUGUUGUUUUCACUGGAGCGUUGAAAGCCUCAUCUAGACUUACUGGUAAAUCUACAAUUGUGGAGGAUGGUUUGCUUAUUCAGAUUCCUUCAGAAACUUUGUUAGCACUCAGAACAGCCUUAAGAGAGAUGAGAGAUUUUACUAUUACCUGUGGACCAAUAGCUGCUUCAGAGCCAGAUGAAGUUGUCACCUUAGAGUGGACCAAAGACGAUAAAGAUUGUAAUAUAGGAGUGAAAAGUCCUAUUGAUGGGAAAGAUCUAGAUGGUGUACAGAGUCUACGUAUCCAAUCAGGAACUGACUAUGCAGGAGAAAGAUACCUCAUUCGCUGGACUGAUGUCUUCUUAAUUAAAAUUGAUGACGACGGCAGCGGUAGAAGGUCAGAUCCAGUUGAUCACAUCCGCCUAGCUGAGGUCAUAUCCCAAGCAUUCUGUCUAGCUCUGACACCUCAUCUUGAACUUUUAGCUGAAAAGGAGCUGACAAAGAUUGGGCUUAGAGUCACAAUGGAUAGCGAACAGGUUGGUUAUGAAGUGGGAUCCCAAGAAUACACUUUACCAAACAUUUACAUGAAUGACUUAGACAGUGCACUCAUACCAGUCAUCUCUUCACCCAGCUGUCAAGAAGGUCACGUUUGCCUUGAGCUGAUAUUUCAUAUCCUGCUAAAAUAGCACGCUACUUCUCUUAUUCUUUAGACUGUACACACCCAGGUACAGAUACUACAUAGGCUUACUGAACGUGUGUUUUGCCCAUGUAUGCAAAAAUCUUUAAAAAAAAAAAAAAAAGGUAACGGAAUAGAACUGUGCUUUGAUGAAACUAAAGCAGGAUCUCUCAAAUUUAUAUAUUUCAAAUGUUGAGUCCAAGUUCUUCGUGUGAGUGUAUUUCAGAAUAAAUAUUGCAAAACUGAGGCAAUUGGUAAAAGUUUCAACUUAUAGGUACACUUUCUACUGCCUUACUUUAGUAUAUCUGUGUAAAUGCUAAGCAUACCACGUAGAAAAUUGUAUCUCAAAACUCUUUCAUUCCUAAAGAUAUGGAGGAAGAGAAUUGUAAAUUUUGAGUUUUUUAUUUUUAAUGCAGUCCCUUAAAAAAAAUAAUGAACCAGUAUAAAAUAACUGAAGUAUGUUUUCAGAAAGAUAUUCUAAGAAUUUAUUUAGUAGAAUUAAUAAAAACGUAUAUAUAUAUAUAUAUAUUCACGUAUGUAAAUUCAUUUAUUGAUAACAAUAUUAAUGUCAGUUGAAAUGUGACUUUUAGUGAGGUUUAAAGAUGAUUAAAUACCUUCUGUUUAUAAAAGCGGGCCUGUAACUAUACGAUUGAAGCAAGUAAGUUUAUAGCUGUGGUUAGUAUUAUUGCUAUCACUCAAAAAAGAAUGCAUUUUGUAUGUGGUAGACGUUCACCUUGGCCAGAAGGGUUGUUACCAUUAUGUAAGAAUAGCUUAUAAUGUGAUAGCAAACUAAGAUGAUGUUUGAGUGUUGUACUAUGGUUAAAAAGGUCUUAUCAUUUUUUUUUUCUCUGUAUAACCCUUUAUUUUUGUUUUAUGUAUAACCGUAACAUUUAAUUGAAGACGCAAGAACCUUCAUUAAGCAUAUUUGCAGAUGAACUGCAAAUGUUUCAACUUUGGUUUAUUUCUUUAUUGGUUUAGUAUCAUAUUUUCAGUUAAGAACUGACAUAUAAAUUAGUGUAAGUUGUACUUGCCUGGAUGAUAAAGAGUAACAAUAUUGUAUUUAUCCAAAAUAAAGAGAAAACCUGUACAUAUUGCAUGACCAUUUGAUUUCUAGGAUUUGUAGAAGAAUGCAUUACUUAAUGUUAUUAAUAUAAGUUUAUUUAAGAAGAUUUAUCUUAGUUGGUGUAGUUAGUCAAUACAAACUUAAAGCUUUGAAAUAUAAAUAAUUGAAAAACUGAAGAAGAAAGGUAGUGUAAAUGUUAAAUUUGUUAAAUGUAUGCAUUCAAACAGGUGUGGCAUACAACAUCAGCAUAAGUAAUCUGUAAAAUAAGAUAUGUAAAAAAAAGAAUAGAUACAAAAGGAAUGUUUAUAAUAUCUUGAUUUAAGGAAAUGAUAAACGAGAUCAAAAACUAAGCAGAAACAUUAUGAUGUGAAAUCUGUAAUAUAUUAUGGUGGUUUCCUCAAAUGCAUAUACACUGUUUCAGAAUUGAAGAUGGACAUAUUUUGUUUCUUGCAACCCACGAGAAAGUUUUAUUAACUGUAAAGGUGACUGAAUGUUGUACAGAUGUUAAUUUGGUAAUCAGAAUAUGUUGUCAGCAUGUGCUGCUUUUGUCAUGUUUCGUGAUGGCCGUGCCGAGUAUUUUAAAGAGGCCAUCAUUCUUUUUUUAAGUUUGACAUGUUUAGAUAUUUUCAUGUAGUUUGAGGAUAGUUGGUGCCAAAUCAGGUAAAUAAAUUGUGUUGAAUACUUAUUCUUAAUUGCAGUUUAUAAAUAUUUGAAAUUGGUCCUUUUCAUUUGUUUGUUUUUAAAACAGUUACUUUCAACAGUCGUAUUACAAUAAUUUGUUUUAUGUAUAACCAGAUUUAUUUUCUAAAGCUUAAGUACUGUUAAUUUCAUCUCAACAGGUGGGAGUAAUAACUCGGGUUGUUACAAAACUAAUUAACAUUGGCAUACUUUCUUGCAAUAAGUUAUCAGUAGUUUGUUGUUGUUGUUGUUGUUUUUUUGGGGGGGGUAAAAUGAUUGUUGAAAUUCCUCUGAAAUUGUUAUUGUAUAUGUACUGUUAGAACUAAAAUGAUGGAUAUAUGAGUAAGGUUAUGGUUUUUCUGUUGAUUAAUAUAUAAUAGUUUCUUUCACGGUAGAUAUACACACGUACUCACACUCAGAAAGUUGUUUUCUUGUCUAACCAUCUUAGCAAUGUGUUCAACGUCAUUUUGAUGAACAUACUUUUAAUGGUACAUGCUUUAGAAAUAUUAUACCGAAAUAAAAAUGAUAAAAUUGUUAUGAAUUAAGGUCAUUGUGUUCCCGUUAUGUGGUUUAAUUGAUUUUAAACUUUAAGUAACAAUUUUUCUCAUUUUUGGAAUCAAACUUUUAUCAAAAGAUCACACUUUAAAACUGAAUCACUUUAGCUGCACAUGGAACAUUAUUUUGAUGUAUCAAGUGUACAUAUAGAACUUGUAUUAAUAAGAAAAAUACAGAGCAGUAGCAAACUGUUGUUGAAGUAUGCGUGUUACACUGUUUUAAUGUAGAUGGAACAAAAACCUCUGUUAUUUCAAUUGUGCAGUAGUUAAGUUUUAAAAUGAUAACCAGAAAAUGUUACCAAUUUAGGAAAUCCUGAAAUAUUUUUCUUUCCCAUAUUUUAAAUGUAGUUAAUUCUCUUUUUUUGCUGUUUUUUUUAAUGAUUGGAACAUCUUUUUAAAAAGGGUAGAAAUAAAAUGAGGUUUGUAGUAUACCAAAAGCAGGAUUAUUAAAACCACAAUAGUUGCUAGUAUAAACCACUUGUUAAUUACUAUUUACAGAAACAACAUAACAGGAUUUAGUUUCCCAGCUGAAUAAAAAGUUUCUAAAUUUUCAUAA